AUGUCAACAACACCAAAAGUUUUGGUGCGUUAUUAUUCAUCACACCAUGCACAACCUACUUGUGUGGUCGUCAAGCUAUCCUCUACCUACUCUUCUCUCGUCAAGGAUCUCAAAGAAAAAUUCAUGACAGAAAAUUCCAUCGGAGCCAAUGAUUUACUUGUUUCAUAUUAUGAUCCGAACGAAAAGGAAACCAUUCAUAUCACCACCAAUGAUUGUUUAGAAUGGUUUUUACAAUUUUUCCAUAAUCCUCAAAUUGAAAAAUCAUACAAAGUACUUUCAGUCCAAUGGAAAAUGAAUGAAAAUAUCGUGACUCAUCCAUUGCAUCAUGAUUCACAACAACAACAACAACAAUUAACAACAUCAUCCUACCACAAUUAUAUGAAACAAUGCUUUAAAUCUUGCAAACUCAUUGGAUCAGGAGCGUAUGGACAAGUCUACCGAGUGGAAAGUGAGGAACGAAUCUCUGCUGUGAAAAUCAUUCGUUAUGAUGAAUUUCAAAAUGCGAAUGAAAUUUUACGUGAAUUUCAGAAAUUAGUGCAAUUCGAACAUGAACAUAUUGUCAAAACACAUGGUGCCUUUUUUGCAGGAAGUACCAGUGUGAUUGGUAUUGAAAUGGAACUCAUGCAAGGAAGUUUGCAAGAUUUAAUUAUUGAAAAGCAAAUUGUGCUUUCAGAAAAGAUGUUGUUACAAAUUUUACAUCAAACAUGUCGUGCUAUGGAAUUUAUUGAAAAAUCCAAAAAAGUGGUUCAUAGAGACAUAAAACCAGCGAAUAUUCUCGUUCGACAACUCAAUUUAGAUUCAGAAGAAAUUCAAGUGGCCUUGAGUGAUUUUGGACAAGCAAGAUCCUUAGGAUCAAUCAAUGACACUGGUACAGCAGGUACUCCCUUAUAUUAUGCUCCUGAAGUGGUUCAACAAUUAAUGGCCAAACAUGAGGAUGAAUCUGCUUGUUUUUCAUUUGCUAGCGAUGUUUUUGCUUUGGGAGUUUCCAUGUAUCAAUUAAUGACAUUUGAUGUCACGACUUUUUGGUCGACUGCCAUGUCCACAUUGAAUUCUCAGGUUCGACCCUAUGUGACUUGUCGACUCAAGAAAUCCUAUUCCAAUUUUCUAAUUGAUUUAAUCAUAUCCAUGAUGACAAUUCAUGUUUCAGAAAGAUUAUCCAUUUCACAAACUUUACAACAACUUCAUGACCAAGAACAACGUAUGAAACUAACAUCAACCUCAACAUCAAUCUCAACCUCAAUUUCAACACUAGUCAAUAGUUCCUUAGAAAGUUUGAACUCGAAUACGAAUUUUGAAGAAAAUUCCCCACUACUCUUCAGUGCUGUUCAUUCUCCAUCCAAUAAUGAAAACGCCUAUCUCUAUGGAAAGAACUUUUACGAUCAUGGAAAUUAUUCACGUGCAAGAAAUUAUCUCGAACGAGCAGCCCAUCAAGGACAUGCUCAAGCUCAAUAUCUACUUGGAGACAUGUAUCAACAUGGACGAGAAAUGGAACGAAAUUUAUCAACAGCUCGUCACUGGUACGAACGUGCUGCUCAACAAGGUCAUGAUCAAGCACAAAAUAAUUUAGCUUACAUGCUCAAAAUGGGAGAAGGAGGAAAGAAGGAUCUUUCGCUUGCGUUUGAAUGGUUCGAUAAAUCUGCUCAACAAGGAAAUUCUGAAGCACAAUAUUAUUUAGGACAAUGGUAUGAAGAUGGAGACAAAGACGGAAUGGUUAAGAAGAGUAUACCAUUGGCUACUGUUCAUUAUUUACAAUCAGCUCAAUUAGGAAAUGUUAAGGCACAAUAUAGUCUUGGAAGAAUGUAUGAAAUUGGAAAAGGAGAAAAGAAUUUGAUAAAAGCAAAGGAAUGGUAUGAGCGAGCAGCCAAGCAAGGAUAUGUAGCUGCUCAAAACAAGUUGAAAUCUCUUGAAAAGAAUAAGGAAAGUAAGCUUAAUUUGGGUUCUUGGUGGAUCGUGUGA